UUGGAUAAUAAAGGUAUUUGUGAAAUGGAUGGCGAUAGUAAAACAGUUUUUGUGGCUAGUAUUACUAGAAACUCUUGUUCAUUAAGGAAUAAUCUUUAUGAUAUUAUUACAAGAGACGUUGUUGAACCUAUCAUUUCCAACACAGAAGAGCAGGACAUUUGUAACUUUAAACCCAAAAAUGAUAAAUUUUAUGUGCCAAAGAAAAAAAGUAAGCUUAAGGUAAAAACGGUAAGGGAUAUACGUAUUUUAUAUGAAAAAGAUAUUUUUGAAACAUUGCCACAUGAGUUAGAGAGACAACAAAAACUUUUGCUACGAAAAAUAAGGGAUGGAUUUGCAAAAGAUGAAAAUACAAGAAGUAUCGCCUUAAAUUUACUGAAAUCUGAUAAACCUGUAUCUAGAUCUUCGUGGCAAAUGUUAGUGAACCUAAAUCCAGAAGGCCACAAUCAUUCUUCUCAAUAUAUUUUAUGGAAUGGUAAAUGUAUUCUGGUCAGUGGAAGCAAAGGUGGCAAAUGUAAGUUUCUUUGCAAUUAUGAUAUAUUUAAACAUAAAGAAUCUUUUAGGAAAACAUCUGAAAUAAAAAAUAAGGCUUUGAAAAAAAAGAGAGAUUUGUUGCGCGAUUCUCUAAAUAUACGAUUUAAGCCAGGUCCAUUAAGGAAAAAGAAGGAACUAGAUUGUUCAUAUCAGAAAUAUCAUGUUGGUGAAAUAAAAUUAGUGAAUUUACCUCAACCUGGAUUGGAUAUUCAACCAUCUUAUGGAAAGGCGUUAGAACCAACAAUUACAACUUUUUUACAAAAUUUGCGAGAAAAAGACGGCACUAUAUCUGAAAAAUGGGCAGAAUUUGCAGUGUCAAUGCUAGGUAAAAUAACAAAUAAGGAGGUUCAAAUUGGAACUGAUAAUUGCGUUACGUUUAAUUUAAACUACAAAUGUGAUCAAAAACUGCUUUUAAUGCGACAUGAUAUUCAUAAUGGGCAAAAUACAACAAAUAAUAACAUAUAUGAUAGUAAAAUGGAACCUUUUACCUUAAUCGAUGAACCUAUUAUUAUGUCCGAGGUAAAAAAUAUUGUUGACCAAAUGUUAAAUACUGUUGAAAUAAGUUUGAACCAAGAUUCGAUGUAUUCUGGUGUAGAUGAACCUAGAGAAAUUGUAAAUAAUGUUAUUUGCAAUUAUACAACUGGACAUACUAAAGAUAAAGCAAAAAGAAAAUACGGGGAAUUAGACAGACUCGAUGUUACCGUAAUAAGACUAUCAGAAAAUGCUAAAAAACUUAAAUCAGAGUCUUGUCGGGAGUUAUUCUGUUCUUUAGGCUGCGUUUGCAAUUCUUUAGAAAGUAGAUAUAAUUUAAAAGACCACUGUGGUCGGAUAGAUUGUAUGUUUGGUUGUAAAUGUGACUUUUCAAAGUAUAAAAUUACUGACUCCUUAGAAAGUGAUUGUUCUGAAUAUUUGCCUGGAUUAUUAUACUUGGACAAAAAAAUAAAUAAUAACCUAGCAAAAGAAGAACAAAAAUUUCAUCAAACAGUAAUAGUUACCGAUGAUAAAAGUAUUUUAUUAAAGUCAAAAAGAAGAAAUUGGAAAACGUCUAAAAAGUAUGCUGACUUUUACAGUAGUUUGUGCUUACGAAACGAAAUUAAAAAUCAGAAGACCUUAUCUGUUGUACUCACUAAAUUAAAAUGUGAAAACGUUGAACCUUGGUGCAUGAUUCAUAAUUUAUACAAAUGUUUUUGUAAAGGUAAAUUUACACAUAGUAUUUCUCAUGAUUUGACGAAUACUGAACAAGUAACUAUAAAUAACAGCGUCAAUAAAGAUAAAGAAGUUGCAGUUGUUGAAGAAAAAAGACAAAGUGAUUCCGAAAUAAAAAAAUUCGUCCUCGAGAUUCCGAAAAGCGAUGUAAAUAAAACAGUGGUAGAGCACGAAGAACUUGCUUCUUCUUAUUCAACUUGUGCAAGAGUUGUUCCUUUUGAAGGCAGAAAAUACAGCAAUGGUUACUACCUUAGAACAAAUGAAAAAAUUUUAGAAAUGGAAAAGAACGAUAAAAAACUUCAAGCGAAAAUGUUAAAUCUUAUGGGUCAAUCAGUUGUAAACGAUCAAAAAGAUGAACCUCUCACACAAAAAAAUAUCAUUGACGUUGCUAAUGAGCCGUUUAAAUUAGAUGAGCUGUUGAAUAACAUACUCCAAGAACAAGAAAAUCUAAUGCGUAGCAUGCACUCCGAACACGAAGAGCCUAAAUUAACGACUGCCAUUGAAAAUAUUGAAAUGAAAGGCUUACCAAAUAAAAUGAAAUUGGUUAAGUGGCUUGAAUCUAGUUAUAAAAAAUAUAAAGAACGUAUAGAUAAAGGCAUUUGGAAAACAUCGUUAUACCCUCCUAGACUUGGAAAAGUAGCACUGUAUCCAUGGGAUUUCAUUUUAAGUAGAUAUCAAGAACGAAAAAAUUUAUUUUUAGUUUCUUUAAAAAAACCUUUCCGAAUAUUUAUGGCCGUCGAUGCAAGACAUCCAUUUUUCGACCAUUGCAUUAAUGUUCGUCAUAUUCCUCAGUCAGAUAUUGAUGAGUAUCCUAUAAUGGUGCGCAGUUUAAUUAAUAAUUCCCAAAACUUAAACAAUUUUUGCAUAUUAUGUGGAUUAUCCCACUGUUGGGAGCUGAUUGGAUCUGUCACAAAACUGAAUGAAAAUAAAUUAAUUCAGUCUGAUCUUAAAAAUGUUGCCACAAGUUCUUUGGAUAAAAGAAGCUAUGACAAAGACUCAGUUUUUUCUAAGGAUGAUCGAUAUAUUUUCGAAGAAAACAUAGGAAGUACUAUCUCAAUUCAUGAUUUAAAUGAAAAUAAUAGUUCUGAAUUAUCAAAGUGGUUUGUUAUGACAAUGGAAAAUGACUUCAGUGAAAUUCAAUUUUAUAAAAGAGGUUUUUUCGUGAAAUACGAAAGUAUUGUAAAAGCUAUUCAAGUAGCAAGACGGGUGGGUAAAACGGUAAGACUAUCGUCUCAAAAAUGUAACGAUGGAACUAGUGGUCCUCAUUUUGGUAUAUAUGCAACCCCUAAUACGAAUGAAAACUCCGUCUUUGUAGGCCCAUAUGAAAAUGAUGAACCUUUGGGUAUAGAGACAAUAAAGAACCCUAUAGCCAUCUUAAGUCAAAAGAAAACAAGAGGAUUGUGGAUAACUAUUAAUAAAAUUGAUAAUUCUAAAGUUAUUGAUAAUCCACUCUCUUUUAUGCCUUCAUAUAAAAAGGACUGGGAUAGUGCUGUUACUUUGGAAAAUGACACUGAUUCUGAACUAAAUAAAAGUGAGGACCAGUCAUCAUCAACGGAAAAUACAGACCUAAGCGAUGAAAGUGCAAAUCCUGUAAAGUUACCCAUCAAUAAUACAUCACAAAUAAAGAAAUUUGUUAAACCAAUAAAAAUAAGUAGAAAAGAUGGAUUUUACCAUUUAACAUCGAAUAGUUUAUUAAAAUCGUUUAAUUUGAAUAAAUGUACACAAAUAAAUAAAGGAAUACCUCAAAAAGUAGUUUUAGCUCCCUCUGGUACCAGUUUGUUAAAUAAGUACGUGAUGAGUAGACUAACCGACAUUCCGCAAAUUAGCAAUCCUGAAGCAAAAAACAAAACUUUAUUUAAUAAACCAGUGGCUGAAAUUGCACCUCAGAUUAAGAUAACAAACAUAGCUUCAUUGUGUCCUACUUCUUCAAAAUCUAGUAAAAGUAAGUCUGAAGGUGGUAUGCUUGUUUUAAAACCUGAGGAAAUCAAUGAAAGAUUAGCAAAUAAUUAUUUUCAUAUAAUGCAACCUCUUGAGGGUAACAAUAUUAAGAUUAAUACAGAACUAUUGAAAGCACAACCUGACCAGGAUGUUGAAGAAUUUCUGGAUUCUUCAAUAAUUUUUACUGCUCCAGCUACUGACGUUUAUGUAAUUUCGGACGAUGAAGACUAUUCUAGUAAUACACCAAUUGUUAGCACAUGGAAAAAUGUAUGGAUUUCAUGUACAAAUAUAAAAAGCAUCGGAUGGAUAUCGGGUAAAAGAAAUAAUGAAAACAAAGUAAGUUUUGAAUUCCCGGGUUUCGCAUUUACUGAUUAUUACGAAGAAGAAGAAGCUUUCAACAAAAUAAAUGAAGUAUUCUCUAGAAAAGUUUAUGUUCCAAAAAAUAUAAAAAUGGAAUGGCAAGUAAUAGAAAAUAAAGAAGAGUUGAAUUCAGAUCAUAAAUUAAGACUGGAAGAUUUACGUCGAGAUUAUAUGUUAACAGAGCGAGGCUUAGUAAAAAUAAACAGGUUAGUAAUAGACGUUAACAAGAGAGUCAACGAUGACAAUGGUGACUCCCCAAGCCCACAAGCUGUUGCAUCUACGUCUUUAGAAUGUGAGAAUGUCAGUAUGAUCAUAGACGAACAGAACCUCGAAGGAUUUUAA